GGGAGACCGGAUAUAGUGAAUGCAGGGUCCGAGGAGACCAGAUAUAGUGAAUGCAGGGAGACCAGAUAUAGUGAAUGCAGGGAGACCGGAUAUAGUGAAUGCAGGGUCCGGGGAGAGCAGAUAUAGUGAAUGCAGGGUCCGGGGAGACCGGAUAUAGUGAAUGCGGGGUCCGGGGAGAGCGGAUAUAGUGAAUGCAGGGGUCCGGGGAGACCGAAUAUAGUGAAUGCAGGGUCCGGGGAGAGCGGAUAUAGUGAAUGCAGGGUCCGGGGAGACUAGAUAUAAUGAAUGCAGGGUCCGGGGAGACCAGAUAUAGUGAAUGCAGGGUCCGGGGAGACCGAAUAUAGUGAAUGCAGGGUCCGGGGAGA